AUGGUUGCAACUUUGGAGCCUUCCCAGGGACGGGCGUCGAGUGUCUUCGAGAUCUUUCCGCGUUUUGUCAGCCAUCUCCAGAGCAUCGAGGAUGAGCUGAAUAGGAUCAGAUCGCACGAGCUGAAAGACUGGAAGCGCAACGAAAACGUGUCUGUGGGGGUAGAGGAGACAGCAGACAGUCACCUGGUGAUCUCACUGCAGCUUGGGGGCAACCCAGGCAUCAUGCAGGUCUGUCCUUUCGUGGAUGCAGUACAUGAGAAGAGGAGAGCGUCGAUGGUGUUGUGGAGGUGCAGGAAGGGACUUGUGACAGACGACGAAUGGGAGCGGAAUGGAGUGCCGUGCUCUGAAGCCAGCACGCAUUCCAGCAGCGAUCGUAAGAGCAGGUUUACCAUGAGGCUCAAGUUUCGUACCUUCAGCAACUCAGCGGAAUACAGGGCAGGUUUACUGUUCGUCAAUGCAAGUGCUGGAAACACUUUCUACGUCUCCCGGUUCUGUUUGGCUCCAUCUUCGCCCCUUUCACAGUAUCACGGUUACCGCUGCUAG